AUGACUUCCUCCAUUGAUUGGACCAAGAUCAAAGCCCUCUCCUUCGACAUCUACGGCACACUGAUAGACUGGGAAAAUGGCAUCGCCUCCUCAGCUCGCGCCACAUCUCUAGGCCCACACCUGCCCAAGGACCACAAGCAGCUUAUGCUCACCAUUGAGAGACACGACACUACAGUGCAAAAAGAGAACCCAACAAUGCGCCAGUCUGAAGUCAUUGCCGAGGGUCUCCGUCGCUACGCCAACGAGCUGAAGGUGGUCGAGGGCGGAAUGCUGACGCAGCACCAAGUCGAUGAGGCAGCGAAGGAAUACGGUGGUAAGAUCGGGGAGUAUCCUGCCUUCCCUGAUACUGUCGCUGCGAUUCAGUCUCUCGCGAAACGCUUCAAGCUCAUACCUCUCUCGAACGUGGAUAUCGACUCGUUCAACGAGACUCUGGCAGGUCCGUUGAAGGGGUGUAAGUUCGAUGCCAUUUACACGGCCCAGGACAUCGGAAGCUAUAAGCCGGAUAUUCGAAACUUUCACUACCUGCUCGAGCAUGUCGAAGGUGAUUUUGGAGUGGAAAAGGGAGAGUUGGUGCAUGUGGCGCAGAGUCUCUUUCAUGAUCAUGGCCCGGCCAAGAGUGUUAAGUUGCAGAGUGUGUGGGUUGAUCGAAAAGGGUUCAUGGGAGGUGAGCCGGAGAAUGCGAAGGAGAGAUUUGGAUUCGAGGUGAAGGUCGAGACGCUCGGCGAGUUAGCAGCAUUGGCGGAGGAGGCUUUCGAGGGAAAAGCGUAG